AACCUGUCGUCAAUCAGCAGCACUUUCUACCAACACCUUGUGCUCAAUCGUUCCUGCCUGGCUUCUUAUCAAAGAUCUAUGGCGUCAUGUUAGGCUCUCCUGGAACUCGCAAUCCUGGGUGGCGAACUGUCACACGCUUGGUCGAUCGUUGACCGACCCAGACGAUAUCACCACAGAUUAUCCCCUUUGAGGUCGGGGAAGCACGUGGCCAUAUCAUCGCAUCUCUUUCAUAUUCAUACAGGCCAACCGAGGAAGGAUAUCGCCGACGACUUAUUGCUGUAUAUUGAAGGCUAUACCUAACCUUGACCGGGAAUCAUUUCCUGUGUCGAUUUCUGACCCCUGUCACCACAGAAUAUCAAGAACAAAAUGGCCUUCUCACAACGGCCUUCGCUUCCCACCCCAGUCACCCCGUCUAUGCCAUUGUCUGGUCCGAUAACAGAACAAAUCGAGUCGUUACCAAUCACGCCUCCAGAAGUCUCGGACGACUUCUACGAGACAGCCUUCAAACCAGACAGCAGAACAAUCAGGAAAGCUCUGCACGUCCUAUCGACCGAAAGACUUGCCUUGACCCAUCUCGAAGAGCUUUAUACCAAUUCCGCCGAGAUCCAGGAAUCCCUUCUAAACGCUAUUAGCCAAAUUAUCAGCUCUGAAACCCGGCAUGGCAAGACUAUCUUCACAGGGGUUGGCAAGUCAGGCCAUAUCGCGAAGAAGCUCGUAGCCACCUUCGUGUCUUUGGGCAUCCAUGCAGUGUUUUUGCAUCCAAUUGAAGCGCUACAUGGAGAUCUGGGCGUCGUUCGGUCGAACGACACUAUGGUUAUGGUUACCUUUUCUGGCAAAACGCCCGAACUCUUAUCGCUUCUUCCGCAUAUCCAGCCUUGCAUCCCUUUAAUUGUUAUGACAGCACAUCUGAAUGCAGACACCUGUCCACUUGCGACGCAUCCAGCCAGGUCAAAUUCUAAGAACAUUAUACUACCAACAAUCAUUCAUGAAUCAGAGAUCUCUUCCUUUGGCGUGUCAGCACCGACAACAUCAACAACCAUUACCCUUGCGCUCGGUGACAGCCUUGCACUUGCCGUCGCGGACGAGCUGCAUGCUGCUGCUGGACUCCAGACACCCGCCAUAUUUGCUUCCAACCACCCUGGAGGUGCCAUAGGCGCUGCUAUCAAGCCUGCUUCCAAACCCGAGCGACGAAUGGCGGAUCUUGCCACAGUGGUAUCUCAAGUACCGAUUGCAACGGGGCGUCCAGGGCAUGAGCUAUUGUGCUUCGAUAUACUCCUAACAGCUGUACGUUCACCACGAGGCUUCGUCCGUACUACACCACAUCAUAUAGUCGGUCCACGACGCAUUCAACACCUGACGAAUCCUGAAGCGCCUAUCGAAGACCUAGAAGACCAACACGGCAGAGUGGUCAUUGAGCAGACCGAUUGGAUAUCCGUGCUGGGCACCAUAUCUGUGGAAGAAUGCACAAGUUGGAUCCACCAGAUGCGGAAUGAGGGCACGGGUCGAGGCACAGAGUUUCUCAAACGGGGGACUCUGCUCGGAAUUGUUGAUUACAACAACGAAGUCACCGGCGUUGUUGAGAUCGAAGAGUUGAUGGGUGAGAAUUUCAAAUGAUAGGGGAUGAGGCCAAAGGCUCUCUUUUUCGGGACGAUUCUCUUCAGACAAGGCUUUUAGACUGG